AUGAGACCAUCAUUCCGUCUGCUGCAGCAUGCUUGCCGCAUUACCAUGUUCUCCCGCGAGAACUGCGGACUGUGCGACAAGGCCAAAACUGUACUUUCGCGCGUCUGGGAUCGAAGGCCAUUCGAAUACAAAGAAUACGACGUCAUGAAGCACGAGGAUAAGGGUUGGAAGGAUUUGUACGAGUUCGACACGCCAGUGAUUCAUAUCAAGGCUUCAUCUGAGCAAGAAGAAAACCCAAGCUUGGCUGGCCAAGCGCGAAAGCUCAUGCACCGCUUUACAGAGGAAGAAGUAGAAAAGGCAAUGGAUGAGGCGGAGAAAAAGAAGUCUUGA